AUGUCAUCCGUAUUCUACUUAUUGCUGGGAACGGUGCUCUUCCUCACAUCGUUCGGCAUUUCCGGCUUGUGCAUAUUCCUGUCGCUUUUGCUUGGCCUUAUCCUCGGAUUGUUUAUGAUCAUUUUUAAUUAUGGUCACGAAGUAUUGGAUAAGGAUUUACAUGAAUUGAAUGAGAUCACCGGGAAAUUCCGUUUCUCAAUUGGACACGAACGAUACGUGGCAAAUCGCGGGCGAUUUUCCGAGAAUGCUUGUUAUGAACAGAAACAGUCUAUGACGAAUUCAGCUGCUAUCGAUGCUAUACUUGAACAGAUGUUGUCGUAUGUAAUACGAGAUUUCGUUGAUUCAUGGUAUAGCAAUUUAACGCCGGAUCAUCAUUUUAAAGAAAGUCUAAAACGAAGUGCUAGGCGAACUAUUGCAGCUUUUUCUCAGUGUGUUCAGAAGGUGGAUUUUGUCCCUCUCUUAACACAGCAUAUUGUCGAUGAUAUUGCUUCACAUUUUCGCUUGUUUCGGAGAGCUAAGGAACGUGCGCAGCUUCAUUAUGGUAAAAAUUACACAACGGAUGAGUUGGAAACAAUUUUUUUUGAUUUGGAAUUAGAAAUGGAGAAAUGUUAUUGCAGAGAUCUUGUUUCCACCUGUCCACAUUAUGAAAAUGCAUAUUUUCAUGACGUUGCCGAUAUUCUGUUCUAUCUUUUAAUGCCUGCUGAAGAUUUUCGUUCUCGACCAUUUCGUUUUCUUCUCCGAGAAGUAUAUGUUAAACGUAUGAUGUUACCCCUUUUCGAUAUGCUUAGUGAUCCUGAUUUCAUCAAUCACAGCAUAAUUUGGUUGCUCAGUGAAACAAAUUUGAAACCAGAAGAUUUUAUUACAACACUGGAAACUGUUGACAGUAGGAAGGCACUAGAUGCAAUAUUGGAUUCACUCUGUGAGGAAGCAGCACAUCUGCGAACAAAAGAUUCCGGUGGUGAACAAGGCUUUUUGGUGAAGCAACAGCUAGCCAGUAUUGAUUAUGCAAUAAAUGUUAUAAAGCGACGAAUGGAUGCUUUAGCAGCCGCUGAAGUUGAAAACAGUUUAGAAGAGGCAGCAAGAAAGUUGGCGGUAGGUAAUUUAUCUCUCGUGCAAUUACCAAUUCACGUUGUAUUGUCGAAUAACACGGCAGUUACGUAUUUUGCUGAUUUUCUUGCAUCUGUUGGAGGACAGGCUUUAAUUGAUUGCUAUUUGGCUGUUGAGGGUUUUAAAAUAUCCGUGGAGCAUCAGCUACGAGGACUUGCUGUGGGUGAAACUCUUGAAAGUGACGUUUAUGAAACAGUCAAGGAAGCUGCUAGUUUUCUUUAUCAGCAAUAUUUAUCGCAGGAGGCAGUUACACGGGUUUCACUGGACGAUGUUACAGUGAAAAAAUUAUUAAUGCGCAUUCGAAACGGCGAUCCUCCUGAUAUGUGGUUCGAACAAGUGCAAGCAAAGAUUGUUGAUAUUUUGCGAACGGACGAGCGGUUUUACGAUUCUUUCAAAAAAAGUUCAAUAUAUAUAAAAAUGUUAAAUGAACUUGGACUAAGUGAGGAUAUCAACUGUCUAACAACGGAUUUACAUUAUAACGAUGAAAGCAAUAUUAAGUCAUUUGUAAUGCCCACAGGCUCUGAAGCUAAGAUCCUGAAUAACAUCGAUGGACUAAAGCAUACACACGUAGGGAUGCAUGUUAUCGUUGAAACACUUGGUAUAGGCCAACAAGGGAAGCAGUCUUUUGCUCUUUACAACGUACGCGUUUCACGAAUUGAUACAACUGGAAACCAGAGUAGCACUUGGAACGUUCUUAGGCGAUAUUCUGAUUUUCACACACUCAAUUCACUUAUACAAUCUCGCUUUCCAAAGCUCAGCAAUCUAUGUUUCCCAGGAAAGAAGACAUUCAAUAAUCUCGAUUCGCGUUUCCUCGAAAAAAGGACCAGAGCACUCAAUAGUUACAUGAUGAGUAUCCUGCAACCAUCAGUUCUGGAAGCUAAUGCGGAUUUAGAAGCACUCAUAUUUGAUUUUCUCAGCAUGAAAGAUUAUAUCGGCGAGAGAGAAGCUUUUCCAAAAAAAGUUAUGAGUGCUGUAUUUGAGCCAUUGAAAAGUGGUGUACGAGCUUUUGGAAAUGCUGUAACAGCUAUGCCUGAUACAGUUUAUGAUGGAGUAACUCGCGUAGGUGAUGGUAUUAAUAAAGCUGCGAAACAGAUUAUCGAUUUUCAACCGACACAGAGUUUAAACGGUUUGUCAAACAAAAAGGAUGAUUUGAGUCGUGUGGCGGCUAUUUAUAAUGACCAGGUAAUUGUUGUACAAAUGAAGCAGUGGAUGGAAAGUAUACCUUUACGAGUUCUCGUACUUUUGAUUGAUGAAGUAUUUGGUGUACGUUCUCGAAAUGCUUGGUUCCGAAGAAGACUGGUAGCUCUCUUAAAUCAGUUUGUUCAUGCAACAAUGGGUUCUUCGCUGAAUCGUAAAAUUAUUGAUAUUGUCCAAUGGUUAACGUCAAAGCAGCAAGUUGUUCAAUAUCUCGCUGCAUUCAGAAAUACAUUAUGGCCUGAUGGUAAACUAGCGCAGAGUAGUGAACGUCGUCCAGAAGGUGAACGAUUUAGAACAUGCGUGUUGGCACGAGCCCAAAUGUUGAGUGCUUUACCAGACGAAUUACGACUGUUUAUAGGCGCUGAAACUACAAACAGAGGAAUCGCAAACGUUUCCGAAGUAUUUCAAAAUAGUCGACUCAAUCGGCGUCUUCUCUACGUCAUUUUCGAAAGGCUUCUUGCAAGCUUUUUUCCGGACAGUCAUUUUGAAAAAAUUCUCCCUCAAUUACAUGCAAAAAGUCCACGUUCAAAGCCUUUGCAUGUUUAG